AUGGCAUCAAUUCCCCGCAAGCUAUGGGAGCAUCCCGAUCCAGAGUCGACCAGGAUGGGUCACUUCCGGCGUCAAUUGGAGCAAUCAACCGGACAGAAGUACAAGACCUUCCAUGAGAUGUACCAAUAUUCAAUCCAAAACCGCUAUGCAUUCUGGGAUUUCUGCUGGAACUACUUCCAACUUAUCCACGAAGGCUCCUACAACAUAGUUGUCAACGAGUCCGCUCGUAUGGACAGUAUCCCCGAAUGGUUCAGCGGGAUUCGAUUGAAUUUCGCCGAAAACCUACUUUUCUCACGGGUUGCCGGUAACAAGAGCGGCAAAGAAGACGACAAGAUAGCCGUUAGCGAAGUGCGAGAAGGGACGCUGCAUGAAGUCGUCCAUGUCAGCUGGGGUGAACUCCGUCGACGAACCGGAGCCCUGGUUCAAGCGAUGAAAGCUCAUGGUGUGGUGCGGGGUGAUCGCAUUGCUCUCUGUGCGGCAAAUAGUAUAGAUACACUUCUUGUGUUUCUGGCGUCGACCGCUCUAGGCGCUAUUUUCUCGUCCAGCUCUACGGAUAUGGGCGUGAGCGGUGUGCUGGAUCGAUUGGUGCAGAUCAGGCCGAAAUGGUUGUUCAUGGAUGAUUUUGCCGUGUACAAUGGGAAGACCAUUGAUCUCCGAUCGAAGAUCCGUGAGAUUGUCCAGGGGAUGGAGUCUGUUGGUGAAUUCCAGGGCGUUGUUUCGCAGUCGCGAUUCUCUUCGCCUGCUGAUAUUAGCUCUAUUCCGAAGACUCAAACCUGGUCAGAUUUCCUCUCUAAAGCGGGAAACAAUGAGAAACUUGAGUUUGAGAGAGUUGGAUUCCGCGAGCCUUUCUUGAUUGUGUACUCAUCUGGCACGACAGGACAACCGAAGUGUAUCGUACAUUCUGUUGGUGGUGUAUUGCUCAAUUCGAGCAAAGAGGGCAGUUUGCACAGUGAGCUCGGGGCCGAUAGUGUUGCGUUGCAAUAUACGACUACUGGCUGGAUCAUGUAUCUGAGCGCCAUGCAAACACUGCUCUUUGGGGCACGUGUUGUUCUCUACGAUGGGUCUCCAUUCGUGCCAGGAAUUACGGCUUUGGUUACUCUUGCAGCGCAAGAGAGGGUGACACAUCUCGGCAUUUCUCCUCGGUGGCUGCAUGAGUUGCAGCAAGCUAAAAUCAAGCCGCGCGAAAUAGUCGAUCUUAGCUCUCUGCAGGUUGUGACAAGCACAGGCAUGGUCUUGCGGGAUGCCUUGUUCGAGUGGUUCUACGAUGAAGGAUUCCCAUCUCGCGCCCGCCUGAACAAUAUCUCCGGCGGCACUGACUUAGCAGCUUCAUUUGCUACUAGCAACCCUCUUUCUCCUGUGUACGUUGGCGGGUGUGCAGGCGGGAGUCUCGGUAUUCCCCUUGGAGUGUUCGAUUCUACAAUUGAGGGCGGUUAUGGCACCAAGGGCGUCCCUGUGGAAGAGGGCGAGGCUGGAGAAUUGGUGGCUACAGCUGCGUUUCCCACCAUGCCGACGAUGUUCUGGGGCGAUCAAGAUGGAAAGAAGUAUUUUGAUGCCUACUUUGCUAGAUUCGAUAACGUCUGGACACAUGGUGAUUUCAUCUCCAUACAUCCCAUCACCAAACAGGUUCUAUUUCAUGGACGCGCCGACGGGGUUCUCAAUCCGUCCGGAGUACGAUUUGGAUCCGCCGAAAUUUACCGAGUGAUCGAGGGCCAAUUUUCCACAGAGAUCGCCGAUUCGAUCUGCGUGGGCCAACGACGACCAUUGGAUACGGAUGAGCGCGUAAUGCUGUUCCUACUCAUGAAACCAGGGUUUUUAUUCACACCGCACCUUGUGGACCGAGUGAAGGCCGCUAUUCGCUCAGAGCUAAGCGCCCGCCAUGUGCCGAUGUGGGUGUUUGAAACACCUGAAAUUCCGACGACGGUGAACGGCAAGAAAGUGGAAACACCCUUGAAAAAGAUUGUGUCUGGUCAAGUCGUCAAGCCAUCGGGGACUCUUUUGAACCCUGGCAGUCUGGAAUUUUACUAUCGAUUCGCUGAGGUGGAAAAGUUGCGUGAGAACAAGCUGUGA